AUGGACAGAACAAUCUUCAUCACAGGUCCCGAUCCUUCGCUGGAAUUGUUGUACAGCGAUGUCUGGCUGCCGGGUCUGUACUCCCGCCGCAUUCUGUGUUUCGAGCUACCCCAAGGCUCGACUCACGAAAAGGUCAUUGACGCAAUGGAGAGGGCAAUGAAGGCGCUGGUGCAAGGAACUCCCGAGCUUGGCUCAUCUUCCGUCGUGGUGCCAAAUGCCGCUCUGCAUGAUCCAAGUCAGCCAUGGAGAGCCCUCGCGCCAGGAGAUGGCAUUCAGCUGAGCAUCAAAGACAUGACCAAGACCUUUCAAAGCUACAAGGAGCUAGAGGCUGCUGGCUUUCCCCUGGCAGCUUUCAAAGAUGCGGACUUUAUGCCGAUCGCCGGGGCUAUCAUGCCAGAGCCGCAACCACAGUCCAAGUUCCAGUUGAGCCUGAUCGAGGGCGGUGUGCUUUUGAGCGUCUGCCUCUAUCAUCAUCUCCACGAUGGCAAUGGAAUCAACACUGUUACACGAGCUUUGGGAGAUGAGUGUAGGAGGGCUGCGGACACAAAAGGCCAACUGCCACCCCGGAAGCUCAAUCACGACCGAAGCAUCAUGGCCUCCUUGAACGGUGGCCUUACAGAUCUCAAAGAACAUCCCGCAUACUCAAUCAAGCACGGCGUAUUCAUACCAGGCAUCCAUCAUGAUCAUGCCCCUCCCGAGGCAAACGGCGAGCCAGCCCCUCCACCUCCAGAAUUCGUUCCUGCGUAUUUCAACAUCACGAACGACAACGCACAAGCUCUGAAGGACUAUGGAGGUCGCGACAUGCGCAUCUCGACCCACGAUGCAAUCACUGCAGCAAUAUGGCGUACACUCACUGUAGCGAGGUUCAAGACGGGCCAAUUGAAAGAAGACACCGUGAGCACCUUCACGGUUCCCCACAACGCUCGUCAGCAUGUCGGCCUCGAUAAGGACUGGGUCGGCAACUGCGUAUACUUCAUCAGCUGUGAUGCAAAGGUUUCGGACAUCAUCCAGGAAGACAGCCUCCCCAUGCUGGCCGCCAAGAUCCGCACCGAGCUCAACAGGACCAACCGCGAGCGCGUGGAGGGACUGAUGACACUCAGAAAGCGAGACCCUUACAGCUUGGCAUGGUGGCCGAUCGGGAUGGCAGACAAGCCACACAUCGUCGCACUGACCUCCAUGUACCAUUCCGAGAUCGUAGGGUACGACUUUGGUCCUGCUCUUGGCAAGGUGAAGCAUUUCACUUCUACGAAAAUCGGCGCCUUUGGCCCUGACUUCCAACGAGCUCACUUUGUUGGGCCCAAGAUCGAUGGUGGUCAGGCUUGCAAUGUGUAUGUCGGUCUGGUGAAGGAUGAGGUGGACCCCUUCUCCAGAGAGCCGCUUUGGAGCAGGUAUUUCAGCUUGCUGGAGGUCAGAGGGAACGCUGUCAGCGAUGUUUAG